AUGGAAACCAUUAAACAGCAGACAAGACAAAUGGCCAGAAGAUCAAAUGACAGCACAUUGCGAGUCUCCAACAGAGUCAGAAAGCCCGCAGCCCAUUUUUCGCCAACAAGGACCCCUGUCAAGGAAACCCAUGAAAAUGCCAUAGUAAACUGCACAUGCAGCAGACAAAAUCGUAGGCCAGUAUCCUCUAAUUUUACCACUCGCACAAUAUUUAAAAAUGGCAUUAGAGAUGGGUCCUUAGUCGGCUGGACCCAUAAACUGAGCUAAGUGUGAGAAGUCUAACUUCUUGAGAGCUUUGGCUUGAAGAGAAGUGGUCUGUGCUGAGGCUGGUACAGACUAGAGAAGUCUGAAAGGGCUUGAUAACUUUAACGGUUCGACGGUUGGGCCGGUUCACCUACCCUUUUUAGAGCAGCUAUCGUAGCUGAACAUCAAGAAUGAAGACUUAGAAGGCAUUCAAUAUGCAUGAGAAAUUCAAUAAACUUAAUCCUACCACUCGAACUGAUAUCAAAUUUGAAAAAGUUCUUGAAAAAGCUAUAAAAAAUUUGAAGUUGAAUAUUAGUAGUGACUUUGUUAUUGUUUAUUAUUCAAAGCAAGAAAGAAGUAAUUUUUAAUUAGAAUGGAAGAAAAUUAAGGAUUUAGGAAAUAUUAAUGUGGGAAUGACCUAUAGAGGCUGCCUUUGAGUAGCGCUCUAAGCGCCUGAGACUUCCCGACGAAGUCUGGGCGGUGGUUUGACCAGCUGAUGUUGGUCAAACAACAUCCAAAAUGACAAAUUCUUCUCAUACAGAAGGUUUGUCAAAUUGGAUGUUGGUUUGACCAACAUCAGCUGGUCAAACCACCGCCCAGACUUCGUCGGGAAGUCUCGGACGCUUAGAGCGCUACUCAAAGGCAGCCUCUAUAUAAGUUGAGAGUUUAUAAAAAGUCAAAACCGAAGAAAGAAAUAACAAAAGCUGUUGAAGUUAAAAAACAAUUUGAGACCCCUAUUGAAGAAAAAGAAAAAAUUGAGCCAGUGAAUAAUGAUCAGUACUCAUAUAAUCAAAUGUCGAUGCAGUAUGGACUUUACUGGUAUUGGAAUUAUAUAAUGAAUUUGAGAGGAUUCCAAUUUGGUAAUUUUUCACCAUUUGGCUAA